UCAUGAGCUUGUUUUGCUCGUCUUGUUUGAAAAUUCCACAACCCUUUGACGUUCAUUCACAAGAACACUUAGUCCUCCGCAGAAUCGAGUCAUGCAAAUCCAUACAAGAACUCAAACGAAUCCACUCUUACAUCGUGAAAGCAAUCCCAUCUCUCUCUACACAGCAACUCAUAUACACCAAAAUCUUCUCUUCAUGUGCAGCUAUAUCACCCUCUACAGACCUCAGCUAUGCCCACUCCCUUUUCACCCAAUUGCAAAACCCAUCCAUUAGUCUCUACAACACCAUUAUCAGGUAUUUUUCACGUUGCAAGAACAGUGAAGAUUCACUAACUGCAUUGUUGUUUUACCGUGAAUUGCUUGUGAAAGGGUUGUUUCCUAAUUGCUAUACUUACCCUUUUGUUUUCAAAGCGUGUGCACAGUCGGGUGCGCUGAGAGAAGGGGAAAUGGUUCAUGCAGAUGUGAUAAAAAAUGGGUUGGUAUCGGAUUUGUAUGUAGUGAACACAUUGAUGCGUUUGUAUGCUGUUUGUGGUGUUAUUGGGGCAGUAAGAAAGGUGUUUGAUGGAAGUCCUCAACAGGACUUGGUUUCAUGGACUACACUGAUUCAAGGGUGUGUUGAUAUGGGGUAUUGGAAGGAAGGGGUAGAGCUGUUCUUCGAUAUGUGUGGAGCUGGUUUUAGAGCUGAUGGAAUGACAAUGGUGGUUGUGCUUUCUGCAUGUGCUAAUUUGGGAGACUUGAGUUUGGGUAGAAAGAUACAUGAUUAUAUGCGUGACCAAAAGGUGCAGUUUGAUGUUUUUGUUGGAAAUGCAUUAGUAGAUAUGUAUUUGAAGUGUGGCGAUGCUAAUUUUUCUUGGAAAGUUUUUGAUGAGAUGCCAGUGAAAAAUGUGGUUUCUUGGAAUUCGAUGAUAUCUGGACUGGCUCAACAAGGGAAAUACAAAGAAUCUGUGAAUGUGUUUCGGAUGAUGCAGAGCAGAGGUACUAAGGUGGAUGAUUUUACUUUAGUUGGCGUGCUGAAUUCGUGUGCUAAUUUAGGAAUGCUUGAAUUGGGCAAGUGGGUUCAUGCCUAUUUAGAUAAAAAUCAGAUUACAGCUGAUGGGUUUAUAGGAAAUGCACUUAUUGAUAUGUAUGCAAAGUGUGGAAGCAUAGAUGAAGCCCUUAGAGUGUUUGAAGGACUGAAAUGUAGAGAUGUUUAUACAUAUACAUCCAUAAUUGUUGGGUUAGCAAUGCAUGGGCGGGGAGAGAGAGCUCUUGAACUCUUCCGUGAGAUGUAUAGAAUGGGCAUAGAACCAGAUGGUGUCACGUUUGUUGGUGUCCUGACUGCAUGUUGUCAUGUAGGACUUUUGGAUGAAGGAAUGAAUCUUUUUCUGGAAAUGUUUAGGGUGUACCACAUUAAACCUCAAACAGAGCACUAUGGCUGCAUGGUUGAUCUUUUAGGUCGUUCUGGAUUGAUAAGUGAGGCAGAGAAGUUCAUUAAAAGCAUGCUAGUUGAGCCUGAUGCCUUUGUGUGGGGAGCGUUGCUAGGAGCUUGUAGGAUCCAUGGAAAAGUUGAACUUGCGGAAAGGGUAAUGGAAAAACUUGUAAAGAUACAGCCCGAGGAAGAUGGUGCAUACAUACUCAUGUCAAAUAUAUAUUCCUCCGCAAGUAAGUGGAGGGAAUCAUUGAAGAUCAGAAAGGCAAUGAAAGAAAGAAAAAUAAAGAAGACUCCAGGAUGUAGCUCAAUUGAAGUGGAUGGUGUGGUUCAUGAAUUUCGAAAGGGUGACAAUUCACACCCAAAAACUAAAGACAUACACAUGUUCCUAGAUGCAAUAGCAGGUCAUAUAACAUUUAAUGGCACUUGAGAAGCAGUGAUGCAUUCUCAUACUGGAUUUGGUUAAGGGAGCCUGUAUUGUUUUAUCAAUUGAGAAGAUAGAGCUGAGUUUGCACUUUGCACUUGCUCUAAUCUUGCUGGGUGCCAAAGUUAACUGUAUGGAAGAGUGGGGAGUUUGGUCACUAUUACACUUUCACAGACCUAUUUAGAAAAACAGUGAGGCUGGCUUCUGAUUUCACCAUUUUCUGAACACAUUGGCAAAAGGCAGCAUUCCUAGACUUGGAAAACUUUACUGUGACUCUUUGAAGAUUGGCAAGAAAUAUUUGAUCUCUGUUCACCAUGUCAAAU